AAAAAUGCUAAGGAAUCAAGAACGUGGAACAUUUGAAUAAAAAUCAGAAAAUCACGUUGUGUUAAGUAGAGUAUUCAGUUUGAGAGCUAUAUACCUAGAAUUCGCAUUCGUUCGUGUAGUGUGGAAAUAAGAAGGGAUCUCGCGUUCCAUAUUACAUGCUUUCAAAAAUAAACAUAGGGAAAGCUAAAUAAAGCAACGAGAAAACGAAGCAGGUUUUGAGAAAAUUUUGUGUCAACCCGGACAACUAUAUUUUUUUCAGUCACACCCAUAAUAAUAAUUAUAAUCAAAUUCUACGCUUAACAAUCGAAAAGUCGUCAAGGGGACAGAACAAAUAUGUCCAGACUUCUGAUGGCCGCCCCAUCGCGGCUAUCCCGUGAGAUGCGCACCAAUCGAUUGAACAGUUUGGUAAACGUAACGCGACAAAUGGCCACCAAGACACCCAGCAAGUCGACGGCAGCCAAGUGUCCGGCACCGGAGCCACCGAAGCUGAAGCCUGGCUACUUUCCUAGCGGUGGGACUCAUGCCGUCUUCAGUGAUAUGCCCAAGCCGGAGGGCGACUUUAUGAAGGCAUGGCAUGCCAAGAACUCCAAGUACAAUAUGGUUCUGCUGAGCGGGAUCUUGGCCGUAAUUGGCAGCAUUGUGUUAACCGUGACCUCGGGUAAGAUGCCUCUGUUUGCCGAUGUGCCCGAUUAUCCGUACACCGAAGACGAGAUGGAAGAGUUCGCAGUGGAAGAACAGCGCCGGCAGGAGGAGAAGGAGGCGCGCGAGCAGCUGCAUCAGGAUAUGGUCGAGGCUAAAGAAUUGAAAAUGCGACGUCGCAAAGCCAAGGAGGCCAUGGCACGUGAGGUGGAGCUAAUGCAAAAGGAUCUCGACGAAGGCGUAACCGACAAUGAAAUGGCUGAGCUUGUCAAACUGACACAGGAGCGCGAAGAGUUCGAGAGCUGGGAGAAGGAGGAAAUGAAGCGCCUCGAGGAGAAAGAAAAGGAACGCGACAAAAUCAAAAAGGAAAAGGAAAAGGCCAGACAAGAGCAGCUAAAGCAAAUCGAAAAGGAACGAAAGGAGCGCCAAAAAGCCAACUAACCUCCACUCGCAAUCCAUAUCCACAUACAACAACACGCACGUUCUCAUGUUCCACAGCAAUAGGCCAUAUUAUUGUUGGCCCAAUAAGUUAAUUUCCACUUGCUUCCAACACUUAAAACAAGAACAAAAGCACCAAAACUCAAAUAUAUAUAUAUGGUGUAAACAAAUCAAGAACAAGAACUAAAUAACGCAAACAACAACACAACAGCAAUAUAAAAGGUAAAAUGAAUAAUAGUUAAUUAAUUAAUUUAAUUAAUUCAACAAUUUCAUAUGCUUUGGCAAAUGGUUAAGAAUAAAUAUUGUAAUUGUUGUUGUUGGUAAAAA